CUGACAAGGAACUGAGAGGAACCAGAUUCACAACUGGAGUCAAAACCAGAGUCAGACCAGAGAGACAGCUGCUGAGAGAUGCAAAGCCUUCCAAAGCCUCAGUUUGCCAGCUGGCUCAUAGAGCAGGUGGAGACGGGUCAGUACACAGGUCUGCGUUAUGUGGCUGAAAACAAGUUCAGAGUCCCCUGGAAGCACAACUCCAGGAAGGACUGCAGGGAUGAGGACAGCAAAAUAUUUCGGGCAUGGGCAGUGGCAAGUGGUAAAAUCAAUGAGUUCCCCAAUGACAAGGCCCGGUGGAAAACCAACUUCCGCUGCGCACUCAACAACCUCUCGGUGCGCUUCAAGAUGAUAGAGGACAACUCCAAGCACUCAGACGACCCCCACAAAAUCUACCAAAUCAUGAACACCGAGCACAGACAAGAAAACUGCUCUAUGCCGAAAAACGACUCCCAGGAGGACCUCAUGACUCCAGAGAUCUACAGCUCUCCCACAGAGUUCUUGCCCAUAGGAAAUGAGUACAAUCUGGUGAAUAAUUUCACGGCCUUGGAUCUGGGUAACCAAGCAACAGAGGAACAACUGUGGGUAGAGAACUACUGCCAGCCCGAUGCAGCCGUCCUUGGAAGUUAUCCUCCAGCAGAGAACCAACCACAAGCUUUUACAGAUCAGCCCACUUUCUACCAGGCAAAUCCUACACCAGUCGUCAGUUCUGCUCAGCAGCCAAGUAUCUAUGACCUGGAGGUCUCCAUCCACUACAGGAAAAAAGAAAUGCUAAAGAUCACGUUAGCCACCGCACGUCUCCAGCUCCACUACCAGCACGAGGCCCCCGACCUCAACGCCCAUCCCCUCUGCUUCCCCUCCACUGACGGCCUGCUAGACCACAAACAGAUCGAAUACACCAACCGUAUCCUAAACAGCAUCCAGAGGGGUCUCCUGUUGGAGGUUUGUGAGACUGGUAUCUACGCCUGGAGGCAGGACAGGUGCCACGUGUUUGCCAGCACCAGUGACCCCAGUGUGGCUCUGCCAGACCCGAGAAAGCUGCCCCAGAACACGAUGGUACAGCUCCUCAGCUUUGAGAAGUAUGUGAAUGAACUGAAAAAGUUUAAAGAGAACAACGGGGGCUCUCCUGACUACACCAUCAACAUGUGCUUUGGAGAGAAGUUUCCUGAUGGAAAACCUUUGGAGAAGAAACUUAUCACUGUCAAGGUGGUUCCUCUGAUCUGUCGGCACUUUCAUGAGAUGGCCCAGAUGGAGGGCGCUUCCUCUCUUCACAGCGCCAACGUCAGCCUACAGAUGUCGCACAACAGUCUCUACGAUCUCAUUAACUCCGUGUUCGGUCUGCCAAUAGCUGAGGACCCGACCUUCCUGCAUUAGAUCUCAAACUUCUUCAGCACUGGGCUCAAACAAGGAAUUCUUCAAUAUGCUAUGGGACAAACAUGAUGCACCAUAUCCUUCUCCUACUAGAAGCCUCAACAUAAAAAAACUGUUGUUGAAUAUGCUACACCGUCAGAAGCAGGAACGAACAGAAUCAUUAUUUGGUGUUUGGUGUCGGAAUUUGCCAUUAUCGAUCAACUGUAUUUCCACGUUGCUGCUUUGCAUCUUCUGAUCUGAUUUGCCAUUAACUGUUAGAAAAACUGAUAUUUGUGUCACUACAAAGUGGAAAUUGACUCCUUCAUUACCGAGACUGUUACUCAAGUGAAAGACAAGUUGGGCUUUACAAUAAUGUUUUCUGAUUCAUAAUUAUUUAAUUACACAUUCUUAAGCAGAUUUAUGGAGUAAGGAAAUGAUGACAAAUAGCCCUGUAAAUCCAUUCUGAUAAAGGUUUGCAAUUACUGGUCACAUAUUUAUGAGGUCGUAAGUUUUCUGUGUCAUACAGCCACCGACUGCAAUAUGUUUACAUGUCUGUGGAGAAUUGUUUUGCACUUCAACUAUUAACCCCUUAACUAUUGUUUUUAUCUCUGCUGGUCAUUUUGUAUUUGAAAUAAAUGGUUUAACCCU